GCGGUGUCGAGACCCCGCUGCGGCCCGGGCCCGGCGCGGCCGUGCGAGCCCGUGCGUCGGCGGACGAUGGUGCGGCGGAGCGCGCGGACGCGGGCGGCGCGGCGGCGGGCAUGAAGGAGGAUGGACGGUCAGGACGAGGUGUCCGCGCGGGAGCAGCACUUCCACAGCCAAGUGCGGGAGUGCACGAUAUGUUUUCUUCUUUUUGCCAUUCUGUACAUCGUUUCCUACUUCAUCAUCACAAGGUACAAGAGAAAAUCAGAUGAACAAGAAGAUGAAGAUGCCAUAGUCAACAGGAUUUCGUUGUUUUUGAGCACCUUCACUUUAGCAGUUUCAGCUGGGGCUGUUUUGCUUUUACCCUUCUCAAUAAUCAGCAAUGAAAUCCUGCUUUCUUUUCCUCAAAACUACUAUAUUCAGUGGCUAAAUGGCUCCCUGAUUCAUGGUUUGUGGAAUCUUGCGUCUCUCUUUUCCAACCUUUGUUUAUUUGUGUUGAUGCCCUUUGCAUUUUUCUUUCUGGAAUCAGAAGGAUUUGCUGGCCUGAAAAAGGGGAUACGAGCCCGCAUCUUGGAAACUCUGGUCAUGCUGCUGCUGCUGGCAUUACUGAUUCUUGGGAUAGUGUGGGUGGCUUCAGCACUGAUUGACAACGAUGCUGCAAGCAUGGAAUCUUUAUAUGACCUCUGGGAGUUCUACCUACCCUAUUUAUAUUCCUGUAUAUCAUUGAUGGGAUGUUUGUUACUUCUCUUGUGUACACCAGUUGGCCUUUCCCGCAUGUUCACAGUAAUGGGCCAGUUGCUAGUGAAGCCAGCAAUUCUUGAAGACCUGGAUGAGCAAAUUUAUAUAAUUACCCUAGAAGAAGAAGCACUCCAGAGACGGCUAAAUGGUCUGUCUUCAUCGGUGGAAUACAACAUAAUGGACUUGGAACAGGAACUUGAAAAUGUAAAGGCCCUUAAGACAAAACUAGAGAGGCGAAAAAAGGCUUCAGCAUGGGAAAGAAAUUUGGUGUAUCCCGCUGUUAUGAUUUUACUUCUUAUUGAGACAGCUAUCUCGGUCCUACUGGUGGCCUGUAAUAUUCUCUGCCUGCUGGUUGAUGAAACAGCAAUGCCGAAGGGAGCAAGGGGGCCUGGAAUAGGAAAUGCCUCUCUCUCUACAUUUGGUUUUGUGGGAGCUGCACUUGAAAUCAUUUUGAUUUUCUAUCUUAUGGUGUCUUCUGUUGUCGGUUUCUAUAGUCUCCGAUUUUUUGGAAACUUUACACCCAGGAAGGAUGACACAACUAUGACAAAGAUCAUUGGUAAUUGUGUAUCAAUCUUAGUCUUGAGCUCUGCUCUACCUGUGAUGUCAAGAACUCUGGGAAUCACGAGAUUUGAUCUACUUGGAGACUUUGGAAGGUUUAAUUGGCUGGGGAAUUUCUAUAUUGUAUUAUCCUACAAUUUGCUCUUUGCCAUUGUGACAACAUUGUGUCUGGUCAGAAAAUUCACCUCUGCUGUACGAGAAGAACUUUUCAAGGCCCUAGGGCUUCAUAAGCUUCACUUAUCAAAUACUUCAAGGGAUUCAGAAUCAACCAAACCUUCUGCAAAUGGGCACCAGAAGGCACUGUGAGACCCGCAAAGGGUGCCACUCUGCAAUCAGGAGCCCCAGGGACUCCAGACUCAGGCCAUUCCUGUCAACGCAGAGCACUUCAUACCGACUUUGGUCUGUGUGUAGGGACUGGGCCUGUCAGUAUCAUUUUCUUCAUUAUCCAAGAAACUGGCUAUAACUGAUCUUAUUUUUUAAACUUAGCUUUCUGAUGUACCCCAUAGUUUCUAGUUAAACACAAGUUUUUCGUGAUGUUAUGGAAAAGCACACUCUUCUGCAGACACCUUUGCCAUUGUCCAGACGAAAAGUCCCCACCUGGAGUGAACAUGCGAGGAAGGGCAGAUGUCCAGACUUUCUGAAGAGUCACUCAAACCCCACUGAAUGCUUUAUUUAGAAGCCUUCAAAAGGCCCUGUUGGCCCCAAGUGAAGCUUCUUCAGAAAAUGAAGUUUCUAAAUUCUGGGUGGUUUUGUUUUUGUUUUUCUUUUUGAGACAGUAUCUCACUGUGUUGUCCAGGCCAUCCUCGGCCUCCAGAGAGCUGGGAUCACAGGGGUGCAUCACCACAGCUGGUUCAAGUUUUGUAGAAACUGCUUGUACCAAUCAUCAUAGCAGUGGGUGCAUUGGGCUGUAAUAAUUGCAAAUUAUAUUUUUAUUUACUAAAAGAAAAACAGUUUCUGAUUUAUGUUAUAGAGAGUUCAUUAGACUUUGAGCCAAGAGAAAAAUACUAAAUUCUUUUAAAGUUUGAGCCUUGGUGGACACCACAGGAAUACCUUCUGUUGUACAGUAUAGUAAGCUGUUACAGAGGAAGUACUAAGUAAUUGUAAUUAAUGGACAGUUUAUGUGCAUAUAACUCAAGUUACCUCUUGUGACAAUUGCCAGUGGUGAAUACACUCAUAACUUAGAUUUUGCCUUUUAUGCUACAUGUACAUUUAAAACUUUUUAAAGCAUUUUUUUCAAAGAUCACUUAAUUUCCUGGCUUCUGUGACAUUUAUGAAAAAUGUAAAUGCUAAGUGCGAGAAACCCCUUCUCUCCUCAUAUUCUUCAGGCUUUUGCUACUUUUGUAUAUGCCAUUUUAAACUUCCAACUUACAAAAGUUACCAGUUCAACACCCAGAAACUCCUAAGAUUAGUGGUUUCCAUGUUAAGCAUAGGUUUGCACCGUCACGGGACUUGCCAGUCAUUCAGACACUGGCAGGUCAGUAGUUGCUGGGAUGGCCUCUUGACUCUUCAGUCCACAACUGAGACCACAAACAUGAUGCUCUGCGUUGCUGUCACCAGGAGGGACCCAGGGCUGUGCAUGCCAAAGCACAUGGCUGGCCCACUGGCACCAAGGUCAGUCCUGCACAGCUGUGUGGAUAUGUGUCACAUGCACUCAGUGUGUAGCUUUAGGUUGUGCUCAGACAAAAGUAAAAGGUCAUUUUUUUUUUUUUUUUCAAAUUGUUGAAUUUAAAGUUUUCUUUGGGGGUAGGGAGACGUUUUUGAAAAACAGUAUUUCCACUUACUACCAAAAUAAUAAGAAACUUUAAACUGUAUAUUUAUAAGUUCCACUGAGUGUACUUCUCCUUUAUUUAUAUCUCUACAUUGCUUUUUGAGUUCAUAUCAAUGAGCUUAGUUUUAAAAUAAAAAAAACAUUCAUUUUCAGUUGUGGUUCUCAGCAACACUCAGUGUAUACCACCAGUCUAGUAAUGGUGGAUUUCUCAGCAUAAGAUCCACAUGCCUAGAAGAUUAUAAAUACCAGCUGCUUUCUGAUUUCACUGUUAAUUGUCCCAAUUUUAGUAUUAGUUGCAAGCUUUGAUUUUACUGAAACUUGGAAUUCAUAUUUUGAGCAGAUCAAGUAAGGAGAGUACAGAAAAAAACUCAGGAGUAUACCAAAAUCAUCUUUAACUUAAACCAGUUUCAAGGCACUUCCAAAAAAGAGAGUUCCUGGAUAUUUGUAAGAUGUAUAAAACUUUUUGUAGUAAAAUAUUAAACUUCUU